AAACAUUUAAGGAAAAUGUCUGGUUAUGGCUUCCUCUUCCUUUUCACUUUCCUUACAAACCUGAGACCUUCUGUACAGCAACACAGACCGACUUACGUCGGUUAUGUUUGUCAGCCAGAGAAAACUUACCUCAAAAACAGCACAUACUCCUCAAACCUCGAGACCCUUUUGUCCUCUCUUUCUUCUAGUUACAAUCAUUCUUUCUCCUAUGGAUUCCAAAGACUUACAGAGGGACAAAUCCCUAACAUGGUAUUCGGACUUUUCCUCUGUCGCGGAGAUGUAUCUUUCGAAAUCUGUCGUGACUGCAUCAGCUUCGCCGUAAAGGACACUUUGAAUCAUUGUCCAAACGAAAAAGAGGCUUUGAUUUAUUACGACGAAUGCAUGCUUUUAUACACUGACCGAAAUAUCCUCUUGGAUCCUGUAAUCAAAACUGGAGAGCUGAUGGUAGUAAACCAACAGAAUGAUACGGCAAACAACCCUGUUCGGUUCAGUAAGGUGGUCCUUUCUUUGAUGAAAGAAGCUGCAGAGGAGGCUACUGCUAGUCCAAGAAUUUUUUCGUUUAAGAAGGAGAACUACGCAUCUUCUCAAACGGUUUAUGCAUUAGUUCAGUGCAUGCCUGAUCUGACAACAGUGAUGUGCUCAAACUGUCUGCAACAAACCAUCAAGAAGUUGCCUCGUGACAAAAUUGGAGCAAGACUUCUUUCGUCAGGCUGUACCUUAAGGUACGAUAUAUACCCUUUCUACAAUGAAACCUAUCAAGAAGUUGCCUCUAACGAUAUGCAUGGAAAAGAAGAGAACUCCAUGCGAGUUAUAAUCAUAGCAAUUGUUGUGCCGCUAGGUGUCUAUGUUAUUCUUUUUUUAGUUAUUUCUAGCUUCUAUGUAACAACGAGACUGAAGAAUACUUACGAGACAGCAACUGCAGAUGAUGGUGGGGAUGAUAUUACAACCGCUGGCUCCUUGCAGUUUGACUUUAAAUCUGUUGAAGCAGCAACAGAUAACUUUUCUGAAAGAAACAAACUCGGUCAAGGUGGAUUUGGAGAAGUUUACAAGGGAACAUUUCCUAAUAGAUUACAAGUUGCAGUGAAGAGACUAUCGAAAACAUCAGUACAAGGCGAAAAAGAGUUCAAGAAUGAGGUAAUUGUUGUGGCAAAGCUUCAGCACCGAAAUCUUGUCAAGCUUCUCGGAUUUUGUAUUGAAAGAGAAGAGAAAAUACUCAUCUACGAGUAUGUGCCUAACAAAAGUCUUGAUUACUUCCUCUUUGACUCUACACUAAAAAUACAGCUGGAUUGGACAAGAAGGCACAAUAUCAUUAGAGGAAUUGCUAGAGGGGUUCUAUAUCUUCAUCAAGAUUCACGACUCACAAUCAUCCAUCGUGAUCUCAAAGCGAGUAACGUCCUUUUGGACGCUUCCCUGAACCCAAAAAUUGCAGAUUUUGGAAUGGCGAGGAUUUUUGGAAUAGACCAAACGGAAGCCAGUACUAGAAGAGUGGUGGGAACGUAUGGCUAUAUGUCUCCGGAGUAUGCAAUGUAUGGUCACUUCUCAAUGAAAUCAGAUGUCUAUAGCUUCGGUAUCUUAGUCCUUGAGAUUAUAAGCGGCAAAAAGAACAGGAGUCUCUAUAAGAUGGAUGGCCAUGCUGGAAAUUUGGUUACAUAUACUUGGAGACUAUGGAGAAAUGGGUCACCAUUAGAAGUUGUGGAUCCAUCCUUUCAAGAGAACUGUCAAGAAAACGAAACCAGAAGAUGCAUCCAUAUAGCUUUACUAUGUGUUCAAGAAGAAGUUGAAGAUCGUCCAACUAUGUCAGAAAUAGUCCAGAUGCUCACAACUAGCUCAAUUGCUCUUCCCGUUCCUCAACCACCUGGAUUUUUCUUACGGAUGAAACAUGAGGAAGUAAGGGAAGCAGGUCCAACAAUGGAUUCUUCUGCUCCAUGUUCUGUCGAUGAUGCUUCCAUUACUCGUUUAACUCCUCGUUGAGGACAAAACGUUUCGUAAAGACUAGUAAGCAUCGAAAAGAAGAAAGUUUUUUUCUCAGUUGAAAUGGUUCUAUUAUUGUUCAUUUUCUAUGUGUGUCCAGCAAGCAAGUACACGAUAGUAUUGUUUAUACUUUUAUGUUUCAAGAAGAAAGAGAGAACAUGAUGAGGAGAAUUAACGGCGUUAUUGCUGGUUCUUGGACAGUCAGUUAGCUUUGUUGGAAUAGAGAUGUGUAGUUAAUUAUGGUGUGGAGUAGCUAUAGAUGUUGUAUUAUACAGAAAGAAGAAAAUGAUGUAAAGUUUCAGUUCCUCUGUUUUCCUCUUAGUAUAGUCUUCAUUUAAGAGUUUUGGAAAGUCCCUGUAGGACUCUGAAAAUCUAAGACACAUGUUGUAAAAUACGUAAUAUCAUUUAGCAAUUACCAAUGUUUUGAUUAUUAAAAUGUU